CAGGCCAUAGGGUCGAGCAGACCAGAUGCCGAAAGGCCAAAUUCUCCACCACCUCACUCAAACCCUAGGUACUCAUGGUGCAAGAAGCACCCAACAUCAUCACCCCGGACGCCGGUCACCACUCCCCGCCGUCCCGGCUCCUCUCAAAGCACCGCCCCCGCCGCCGGGCCGCAGCUCCCCGGGCGACCCUGCCGCCCCCUUCUCCCGCACCCGGCCAGCCCGACAUCAACCUUUGCCACUGCUGCGGUGUACGCUUCCCGCCGCCGCCGCCGGGGGCCAAGCGCCGACCUGUCCGCCCUCUCCGGUCCCUCUGGCGCAUCGUCCUCCUCUGCACGGAAUGCCUCUAUCUUGUCCGCUCCGCGGCUGUUUGCUCGUACUGCCUCUCCCUCGACAACCUCCCACCCGAGGACUGUUCUGUCACUUGCAGAUUCUGCAACCGCUGCGUCCACCACUACUGUAUCUCAGGUGAGCAUCGCACCUCGCUAGUCCAGCCCAUCGAUGUGGAGAAUUUUGUCUGCGUCGAUUGCUGCCCAACCGUCAAACCGGGUGGGAAGCAGGGGGGCGUCGCUCCCGUGCAUAUGCUGCAGGCAGUCGCCAGGGAGCCGAGGAAGGGGGAAAUCGUGGCUGAAGCAAAAGACAAUGCCGUGAGGAAGGCUAUGGAAGUUAAGCUGGCUUCCAACCGUGUAAAGGAGGCGUUGGCCCCUGCUGCUGCUGGAGGGGGAUCUCAGAGGACAGCUGGUUGUAACCCAGAUUUGCCAGAUGAGGAGUUGGCGUUGCAGCUGCAUCUGGCGAUGAAUGGGUCUCAUAGGAUUUCACGUGCCGGGAACACGUCUGGUGGUGACUCAGCUGUGCAGGGCAAGUGUCACAAAACUAUGGUUUGUGGGAAGAAGGUUUAUGGAGAUCAGGAACUUUGUGUGACCAACAUGAUGGAUCAGCUUGAUGAUGUUGAAACUGGAGUAGAGCCACUGUGUCGGAUUGGGAGGCCUGCUAGGCGACGAUUAGAUCCAUCAGUCACUAUUGUUCUCGCACUAGAGUGUGUGGUUGGUAAACAUGUCAAGGAGAGUAUGAAAGUUAAAAGGAAGGGUCACCUUGGGACUAAGCAGGAGAAUGAGUUGGUGGAUCGAUAUAUGAGAAAGUAUAGCAAGAGGAAUUCAAGUAAGCAGACAAAGAAUGGAAACCCUCAAUUCAAGGACACCGCUGGUGGAAAAGAUAAGGACGGCGAUGGUGGUAAUGACCUAGCUCCUGUGAAAUAGAGCUUCUUUGGAGGAUCCAAUGACGAAGAGUGAAGUCAAGCACGCUUGAUCAGAUGUCAGUGACCUACUAUAAGAAAUGUAGGUAUCAAUAGAACAUUUAUAUUUUAUCAUCUCGUAAUGAUGGGAUAGACGAUGUUUUUUGACGUUGCAUUGGAAAUUUUUUCGUGCCUCGUUAUAUUUCUCUAGGUUUACAGUGGUAGCAGUCUUCUGACAUCAUCAAUCAGACUGAUGUAACACAGCAUGUACUAAGCAGGGUGUUGUAAAGCCGCUGAUUUUUGUGCUAGAUAAUCUCUCCAGUCAUAAAUAAAUGUUGUUUCAGACAUACCAGUCAAGACAUUCUUAAUGCAUGCUUUUACAUAGAUCGAAAAUUAGUUGCAUAAAUGUAAAUAUUAAGAAAGUUUUCUUAACCCAUGGUUGUUAAGGCGUCACUAUAGCAUCAAGGCGUUUGCAGGGGAAUGUCUAAUGUGUCAUAUAAACAUCUCGAAGCUAUGUCUAGACCCAACAGCACAUUGCACAUGCGUGCAGUAACAAUUUGGUUUGUGUCUUUUGUUAUUUAAGAUGAAUGUAUAUAUUUUUACUAUUACUGAUAGGAGUGACAAACUUUUAUAUUAUGUG